UUCCAGUGUCAUGGCGGCAGAGAGCUUGUAGGGAUCUCGAAGGAAACUGAUUCCCCCCCCACCCCCCACCCUUUGUCAUGGAGGAAACGGUGCUGCCCCGCCGGCCUUUUGAGGUUCCCCGAGAGCCGUCGGCUGAGGAUUAUGACGAGUCUAAGGGCGGUGACUCGAAUCAGGGUGGCGAUUCCUGCUCUCCAUCUUUGUCCAGCAGUUCCGAUGACAUUGAACCUGAGUGGUUGUAUAGCGUGCAGAAAAAUGGAGAAUUAUUCUACCUAGAACUAACUGAAGAUGAAGAGGAAACCAUCCUUCACAAUAGUACUCUUGCUAGAUCUAUGAUGAACCAUGUGAGAUUUAGUGAAAAUGAAGCUGAGAUUUUUCAUGAGGAAGCUGUAAAAGACAGAAAGAGUGAAGAUAGAUUGCAACAGUUUACUAAUUUAUUAAAGAAUAAAGGUCUUCUGAGGAAUUUGGAAAAGAAGAAAGCAAGUAGCAAAGACUGUGUCCAUAAUUAUGCCCCAGCCUCCAUAUUGAAACACCAUAAGAUGGGAGAUGUUGACCAACAGCUGUACAAAGACAUCUACAUUUAUGUAAAUCCACAGAAAGCCUCAAAUGCCACAAUAGGGGACCAACAUGAUCUUCUGGAAUCCUUAAUAGGAAUUGUCCACCAACCACCAUGGCCAACAGCUGAAAAAUAUAGUCAUGGUACUGAAUCUAGAAGUACUAAUGAAGAAAAAAUUACAGUACAUGGUUUGAUCCCAGGAAGCUCAGCAAUAAAGUCUGGACAGAUCUUAAUUGGAGAUAUCCUUGUUGCUGUAAAUGAUGUUGAUGUAAACUCUAAAAAUAUAGGAAGGAUUUUGUCUUGUAUUCCUGGUCCUAUGCAGGUAAAAUUUACAUUUGAAAUAGCAACAUUUGAACCAUCAGGAACGUCUCAGUCAAAGAGUAAACAGGCAGAAUCCUCUGAAAACAAUCUGGUGAAGCUGCUGUGGAGAGACCAUAAUAAUGAUUUGCAGUUCUCUCUGCAAAGUAUACCACAUAUUGUAAUGUAUCUCUCACUUAACUUGGAAUCUGAUUCAUCUGAUGAGCAAGAAAUUCUUUAUCAAUAUCCCACAUCAGAAGCAUCUCAAAAGAUAAAAAGUGUAAGAGGAAUAUUUCUCACGCUGUGUGACAUACUGGAAAAUAUGACUGAAACACAAAUAAUUAGCUCAUCUAUGUUUUUAUGUGGAAAGUUAAUCCAUGUGGCUUAUUGGAAGAAGGCUGACAAGCUGCUCAUAAUUGGCCUUCCAGCUGAAAGUGUACCUCUCUCUCAGCUAAGGAACAUGAUUGCAGAUGUUGUGAGAAUAUUGACAUUCAUGUACAGUUCUUUGGAUAGUGCUUUUUGUCAGACAGGAAAUACUUCUCGAUUGGAUUACUUCUUCAGCCUAUUUUUCCAGCAAGUUCUUCAGCAUGCCAACUCCAAUGCCAACCCUGGUUAUCCCCACCAUGAUAACAGCUCAUUACUUUUAUACAACUUUCCAGGAGUACGAUGGCUGUUUCUGCCUCAAAAUAUUAAAGUAGAAAUUGAUGCAGUUCUGAGUGACCUGGAGGCAGGAGACUUUGCAGAAUUGUCUGAAAAUUACUAUGAUAUGAGACGACAGUAUACAAUUUUAGGCUCAUGUCUCUUCUACAAGGGAUAUUUAAUUAGUAAUCACUUGCCGAAGGAGGACCUUAUUGAUAUUGCAUCAUACAGCAGGCAUUAUUGCUUUUUGUCCUUAGCAGCAGAACAGCGAAUUGGUCAGUUAGUAAUAUGGCGAGAAGUAUUUCCACAACAUCAUCUUCAGGGUUCUCAAAUUUCAUAUGAGGGAUUCCAAGAACCCCUAGCAAGAUAUUUCUUACUCAUUGUUGGCUUGAAGCAUUUUAUACUGAGCGUAUUGCUGGAAGCAGGAGGUUGUUCUUCCAAAGCUAUUGGAAAUCCUGGACCAGAUUGCAUAUAUGUUGACCAGGUGAAAUCAACCAUCCUUCAGCUGGAUGGAAUAGAUCUUAGCAUAGAUGAGAGAUUAGAAACUGCUUCUGCUCCAUUGGUGUGUUGCGUAGAUUGGUUCUUCCCUUCAUCGUCUGACAAAUUGGAGAGCUUUUCUAAUUUGUCUGUUCUCAGCAAACUGCCUCAUAUGUCAAUUACUACAUCUUCUCCAGCAAACAAGAAAAUCACUAAAACGAAGCCUGCUCUUCCAAAUGCAUUUACAUUUGGAACCCUGAAAAAGAAUGUCGCAGAUAAGGAAGCUGAAUUAAAUAAUGCUAUGAAGUUGACUUCAGGUCCAGAAAAUACCCUCUUUCAUUAUAUUUGUUUACAAACAAUGCAUGGAAUUUUUAUUACUCCAACACAUGCUGAAGUAGCACAACUCAGUGGAACUAUCCAUCCACAGCUCAUCAAGAACUUCCAUCGCUGUUGUCUAUCCAUCCGUUCCAUUUUUCAACAAACUAUGCUGAGAGACAAUAAAAAGUCUGGGAGAAGAUCAAAAUCUCAAAAAGCAAAUUUGGAUCUAAAUCAAGUGAAAGAACAUGGUAUAUUGUUUGAGUGUGCUCCUGACAGUUGUACUGACCAAAAGAAAUCUGAUUCCACUAUAAUGUACUGGGUAAUCGGGAGACUCUUCCUAGAUCCAAAGCCUCGGGAGUUUUAUGUUUGUUUUCAUGAUUCAGUCACAGAGGUUGCUGUUGAAUUGGCUUUUAAGUUAUCAUUUGGCUUAGCUGUAUAGAUAAACAUCUCUGCAGUUUUUCAUUUUCCAUGUCACAGAAAACACAGAAGUAUCACAUUGUGGUUUUGUUUGGGGUACCUUUUAAAAUAUUUCCUAAAAUAAGUUAUGUAAUAUUAAAAAAAAUCAUACAUUUAUAUCACUAUUUAUAAAAGUCAUUCCUUUCAAAAGAGUAGAAGUUGGAUGAGUUAUGGUAUUAUAUAUUAAUUAUAUAUUAUAUGUAAAUAUUACGUAUAGAAUCAAUGAUCAAGAUAUAUACACAACCACAUUUUUCCCUUAAAGCUAUAUCCUUGGAAGAUACAUCAUGCAGUUAAAAUACAGAUUUCUAUUAUGUAUGCGCCUUUUUGGUUUUAAUUUAAAGAAUGUAAUGUAAUGCUUGCAUAUUAUGUCAGAGGUAGGGAACUGUUUUAUUUCAAUUUGGUAUAGGGUUUAAGAUCAAAAUAUGUGAAUACCAAAACAAAGAUUCAAAACUUCCGAUGAUCACAAAGAUUUUAUCAGAGACAGAGAAAAGAAAUCUUAGUUCCUGCUGUCAUCUAGUGAUUGCCCACAUUAUGUAGUUCUUAUCUAGUGGCCUUAACAAAAUGGAUUCCUUAAUUCUUGCAGAAAAUCUGUAUGCAAAUUCUUAGGGGAGGUAGUUUACCUUACAUUAAAUGUAUAUAGUACUUUGUGAUACAAAAAGAAGUUAUAUUUAUAUUUGGAAAAUACUUGUUAUAAAGUAAAAUUGAAUGUUUCCUAAUACUUUGAGAUAAAUUGAAGAAUUGUCCAUUUUAUUUCAGACAACG